GAGGACUCGAUUAGAAUGGUACUGGGGGAGAUGACAACAUUGUUUGAGCAAAAUCAGCGUGAUGUCUUAUAUGUAAUUUUAUUUCUUGUAUAUUUUCUUAAGGAAUGCAACAGUACAGGUGAUGUACGAUUUUUUUCUGGAGUUCAUUUACGACAUGCUGCUUUGGAGAGAAAUAAAAGAUGUUUGCUGCUUACUUGUAAAUACAACAGGUUGGAAAGAAUUAAAGCUAUGCGCUGGGAAUUUGGCAGUAUUCUACCAGCAGAAAUUCGAGCCAAUAUAUGUGAACCUGAGUCAGUUAAUUUUAUUU